AUGGAUUCCAAAUUUUCCGGAACGCUAAAACGCUUCGGCUGUGAAAUGGUAGGACGAGCUGCAUCUGCGGUUUGCGCCGCGACUGUGCUUGUUCUCACCAUAGCGACAGUGGCCAUGAAGAAGGACGGAGAGCCUCUGCUAGAGAGCAUCCUCAUUGUGUCUGUUCUUGGGGGCCUUUGGAACGCGGCUUAUUGUGUACACCCGCCUAUUCGAGCUUCGCCAAUCUACCGACCUGCAGUAAAACUUCAGGUGGACAGGCUUUUGUGUGUUUUGUGGGUGUUUUCCGUCCCCGCCAUGGUGACGUCGUAUGUCUAUACAAAAGACAACUUUAGGGCAAGCAAGGAGGGUUCAUUUGAUAUCGUAAGGGUACUUACCGUCUGGUUUACUGUUCUUGGUUUCCUCCCCCAGUUCUGGAUUGCACUUCUUUAA